AUGGCAAAGCCGGCACCGCCGGCGUUCGUGUACCGGAUCAGCACGGCCGACGAGUGGGCGGAGUUUCAGCGCACGGGCACCACCCUCGGAGGCGACCUCGACCGCUCCACUGGCUGCAUCCAUCUCAGCGACCUAAGCCUGGUGAAGAUGACUUUAAAAAACUUCUUCCUGGGAAGGAAUGAUCUAUACCUACUGCAAAUUGACGCUUCCAAGCUUGCAGAUGGGUUAAUUUAUGAGGCAAGUGAUGAUAAUAAUUAUUUUCCUCAUUUCUAUGGCCCUGGUCGGAGCUUUGUACCUCUUCAACUAGAUGCUGUUGUGAAGGCAGACAAAAUAGAGCUUGCAGACAAUGAUUUUACCUGUGCUCUACUUGAUGGAAGUGAUCUCCCAAGCUGA